UUGAAAAAUGCGUGUCGAGACGUCAUUUUUUGACGGCACUUUUUGCCGUGUUAAGACGUCAUUUUUUAAGACGAUAUUUGCGCUUAUGGCUUUCCAUAGUUUUUGACGUGACUACGCGCAUUCUUUAAGACGAUAUUUGGGCUUUCCGCGUUCCAUACUUUUACCAUUGCGGUCUAGGGGAAAAAUCCUUUUUGGGCCGCAGGGGAUUUUUUUCGCUACAGUACCACGAGUUGCCAGCAUGUCGUUUGUGCUGCAAGGCUGAGCGAAGCACUCGGGUCUUGCACGCCAGUGAAACGGGAAAAAGAAUAAGAAAAAUAGCUCGUACACGGAAGUUGUCAUCAGCGCUAAGUACUAACAGCUGAAGCUCUAAGCGGUAGGAAAGAAGUUAACGUUACCGCAAUAAGUGAAUAGCUGAGUGGAUGGAAACUUUUGGGUUUGUGUCUGUAGUGUGUCUGUAGUGGUUAAAAUGCAACGUAGCAAAGCGCCAGCGAGUGUGGAAGUGAAGCAGGUGAUCGGAACUCUGGGCAGACUGCUGGUGGCCACCGGCCUGGACGAUGUCCCCGCACCUGAGACCUUCAGACGGGCAAAAUUCGGUGGUGGCCCCGAGGUGGAAGGUCAGUUCUGGCAGCUCCUCGCCAACAUCCUUCAGAGAAUUGGCAUAGUUUCAUCUGAAGCCCACUUACAGCUUAAAGGAGACCACAGGAAGCUGGUGGCGGCAGGCCUGUGGCAGACUGGUUGUCAUGCUGACUGGAUGUAUGGGGGGGAGGUGGCAGAAGGCGAGGAGGAAAAGCAUUUCUCCAGCAGAGAUCUCCUACUGGCUCUGGGCUGGCUGCUCGCUACAGAAACACUAGAGAAACUACUGACACAGCGAGUACAGCAGCUGGACAAAACACUCCUCACAUCUGUACCUAUGAAUACUCUCAUGGUCUAUCGUGAGCUCCAGUUAGACUCAGCUUUCUUACGGAGACUCCAGUGGCUCAUUGGCUACCUGAGACACCAAAGGCGAAUCCUGCUGUCCAUGCUAGAAGAGCGAACUCAGUUGCUUCAUGCGGUUUUUUCUGCCUGCUUCCACUCAGCUGUAUCUUCCUCCCCUGAUCAAAGUUUGACUGCGCUAAACAAUGACUGUGAUCGGGUGCGGCAGCUCUGUGACCUCCUAGAAGCAUAUCUUUACUGGAAACAGGUGGAGAAAAUCUUCUGGACCUGGAUGGACAGUGUGAUGGAUUGCCAUCUGACAGAUCCUGUUGUUAAGAAGUCUCUACAUACACCUGACGUGUGUCACCAAAGAAACCAGGGGCUAGAGACGUUGGAGGACAUUCUAUCGAGACAACACACAGCACAGAAAAGACAGAGGAGAGGCAGAGGGGAUACUCAGGACAGAGGAGGAGAGAGGUGUCAGGGCGGACUGGGCCCCUCUUCCCUCUUUUGUCUCCCCUCCCAGGCCUACCGAAUCAUGCUCCAGGUUGAGAGGCCGGUCAGAGACCACAUCUACCCAGCAGAGAGGUCCAAUGGCAGCGGCAAUGCUCCAGACAAGAUCCAUGUGUCUCAGGCUGUACAGCUGCUUCUCCAAACAGAGGCUCUGCUGCUAGAGAGGAGGGACAGGCAGAGACUGGCCAACAGGAUGCAGUUGCAGGAAAUGGUUGGUGAAGUGGAAGGACUAGUGUUGAUACCACCAUAGACUUUUAUUUUUUAAUUGAAUGAAUACAUUUUGCAUUCUGCACUUGAUAAGGGUCUAUGAGGUCCAAUUCAUGACUUUCAUUUUAUUAAUCAAAUUGCUGACAUUUUUGUGUAAGACAUGUUCUAUAAUAUAUUUAAAUGUAUAAGAACGAGGAAACCUAUUCCCAUUUUAACUGAAGCCAAAAUAUCUAGGAUACAAAUGCUGCCAUCUUUUGCUGGUAACGUCCUCUGGAGCCAAAGUCUGUGCUGUAGUAAUCAGUAACAAGGUCAUGUUGAUGCACCAAUCAGUCUGUUUUUUAUCAUGAAAAAACUUCUUAUAGCAGCAAACAACUAACCAAACCUAUCAAAAUACUUGUACCCUGCUGUACAUGAGGGUAACAGAAACCAAUUUUGGGAAAAAUGUAUUUUAUGUGUACCUUUAUUUAUAUUUUGUCCCAUGUGCUUGUCCCAUUGAGGGGGUGGGGUUUAUAACCUAUACUUCCGCUAUCCACCAGCGGGCGAUCAAGAUGUUUUGGGUUCACUUUUGGGAGCUGUUAUUUGUUGGAAAUGGCUAGCCUCUCGUCCAAAUAUUAUGGCAAAUAUACCUCUAAAGUCAUGUAUCACAUUUAUUUAAUUUGUACACCUACAGAAGUGUAAAGCUCAAGCUAUUAUAUGCCUAAGCUAUUGCCAGAGAGGAGUGGUGCAUUGGUAAACACACAAACACGAAACCAAAGUGAGUUUAAAGGAUUUUUUUAUUUAUUUAUUUUUAUUCUUUUCCUUUUUUUUGUAUAAUAAAAGUACACAGAGAUGUUGAAUUUUAUCGCUCAACCUAGGCAAUUUGAAUGCAGAAGGUACAGCUGACUUUAAAUGUGUACCAUACGUUCUUGUCUGGUAUGUUGACUGAACAAUAAUUCAGAGGAUUUGUGAAACCACUUUUAAAAGGCAAUUUCCCAAUGUAAGGUUCAAAGAGUGUUUUUAUUUUUUAAUAUUUUUUAAUAGACUAUAUUAUCAUGAAGAAUUAACCACCAGUAGUUUCUGCAUGUAGGAGUUGAGCCACUUCUGUCUCUCCAUGGAGGUGAGGAGCUUGCUCUUCUCUCUGAAGGCCGUGUCAUCAGCAACCACCAUGUUCCUCUUCACCACCCCGUCUCGCUGAGAAGACCAUUCAGCAGGCAACGCCUUUCCCAUUCUAGCAAUAUACAGACCAAGACCAUGAGAUUAGCAACAAGAAAACAACCCAGGGUCUUCACUGACACAUUGCCGAUAGAAAGUAUUCAGAUUCCUGUUGGAUUUUAAAUGCUAAAAUUACAAUUUUUGCCCCUCAAUUCACACAAUAACGCAUAGUAAUGACAAAUGAAAACAUGUUUUUAGAAAAUUGUGCAAAUUGAAAUUAAAAAAUUCUCCUGUACUCAAGUAUUCAGACCUUUUGCUGUAUCAUUUCUGCUUUGAUUAUCCUUUAGAUGUGACUACUACUUGAUUGGAGUCCACUUGUGGCUAAUUUGAACACUCUUAAGGUCCCACAAUUUCACUGCAGCCAUUUUGACAUCAGAAACUGACAUCCAAGGAACCGGGAUUAAAUUGUCGUGAAGCAUGGAUAAUGGCAAAGUUAUAAAACAUUUUCCAGAGAUUUGAGCGUUCCCAGGAGCACAAUGGCCUCAAUAAUUUGGAAAUUUUUGGAACCAGAGCCCUUCCUAAGUUGGCUGUCAAUCAAAACUGAAACCGGGCCUUGGUCGAAAGGUGACCAAGAACCCAUUGGCUUAGUCUUAUGGAGAUUCAGGAGUCCUCUGCAGAGAUGACAGAACCUAGUAAGAAGGACAAUCUCAGCAGCACUGCAUCAAUCGGCCUUUAUGGUAGAGUGGCAAAACCAGAGGGCAGGGAUGUGUUCAAUGUGAUGAAAAUGGGCUAUCCCGAGCAUCAUUACAGCUGAAGAAUGCAGCUAAACUGGAUGAGUUGCAAGGACAAAUGCUGUUGGAUCAAGUUAAUACUUCAGCAAAGUGUGGUGCAGCUUCCACAAGGCCGCAUUCUGACAGAGACAAUCUUAUGCAGGCAAGUUUUGUGGUGAGCAAGCUAACGAGCUGAAACCUCAUUCAGUAGGAGACUGAAGGAAACUUGUUGUUGCUGUGGAGUAUUGGAUAAUGUAAUGCUCUGCACUGUUAUUGAUGCAAACCUUAUAUGUUGCGCAAUAGUGCCCUCUAGUGGCAUUUGCUAAAUAUUGUUUUUCGGCUUUUCUUGCACUCAUUCUACCAGUGGGUCUGGUCGGUCCGUGUUGUAAUCCGUAAUGUUCCUUCAUGCCAAGGCAAUGUCUGUAAUUAGCAGCUUUAUGCAAUGUGUGUUGACUUACCCCAGAUGUUGUUUUGUGCUUGUGUAAGAGACUGUUUUUUGAUAUAAUCGGUCGGCAGCUAAAAGGUUAGACUAGCAUGACUUUUAUAUUGAGCUCUGUUGCAGGUAGCAAUAUGCCAGCAUGGGUUGCUAUAUGCACUAUAGGUAUGUAUGCACUGUUAACUGCUUUGUUUAUUGUUCGUGUAAAAUGCUCAUGUCUGUUUUCUGUAUUGUUUUGCAGUUUGACUAAUUCUUAAGUAAACUUCAUAAAAGUCA